AGCAAUAACAAUAACAUCAUCUGUUGACAGAGCAACUAAAACUUGAACUGAUACUGGAACGGGAGCAGCAGCUGCAACGUGGCAACUGUCUUUUUCGGCAGUGGGCAACACUUUUUAAUUGAAAAACUUUACGCAGUCAUUACACACAUACACAAGAAAUAUGACUGUGAAAUUGGCCAAACUAUUUGGCAGCAGCAGCAGCAGCAAAUCCAGCAACAAUGGCGCCAACAUUGCAACCAACAGCGUUUCCGUGUCCAACAAUGACUCCAGCAUAACACAUCACAACUUGCAACAGCAGGCGCCGCCAUUGCCUCCGCCUAAUGCCAAUAUGAAGCUGAUCAAAUACUACGAUCAUCAUCAUCAUCAUCAUCAGCAUCAGCCCGCGGCAAUGACCAUUUAUGGUCGUGCAUACGAGUGCAGUCAAAUGGUUGUCGAUGUGGGUGAGGACGAGGAGGAGGAGGAGCCGUAUGACGAUUACGAUGACAAUAUGUCGCUCAGUUCGGCAUGCAUGCAACGCAAUCAUCCAUACAAUAACUCACAGCGUCCCCUGCUCGGCGAUCGUCGUACGACGCUCGCCAAGAAAAAAGGAGCAACAACAGUUGCAGCAGCAACCAGUUCACCAAUGGCUGGCAUACCACUGCCGGCGCCACCAUUGCCACCGCAACGCAGCCACAUUGGUGGCACCUAUGUCUCGCCGUAUGUGCAACAACAGAAGCGGGAUAGUGUUAAGGGACUGCACGGCUUCAAUGACUUCGAUACCCUAUCCCAGCAAUACAAUCAGCAUCUGCAGAGCAGUCCGCACAUUGGCUAUCCAUAUGGCAGUCCCCCAUCGCCGACGGCACAAUCGAGCGACUUCUGUUUCGAUAACAGCAACAGCAACAUCAACAGUAGCAGCAGACAGCGGGAGCAAUCCUUUAAGGCCGUCUCCAGCAGUAGUUCAACGGAUACAACCAAAUCAAAUUGUAGCUCUAAUUCGGCGGCAAACGGAUCACCGCCCCGUUAUGGCAAUGUGCCCUAUCCUGACUUGGACUCGCAAUCACAUCAGCAGCAACAGCAACACCAACAGCAACACCAACACCAGACAUCCUCACGUUUCGAGGACGAUUUUUGCACGCGUCGCAAUCUGGAUUUUGUGGGCACAGGAUCAAAUGUUACUGCACCUGCUGCUGUUGCUGCUGCUGCUGCUGCUGCUGGUCCCGGUCCCUUUAUUUUUGGCAUCUCGCACGAGCAACAGCAAACGGAUUAUGGUCGACAGCGUUGCAGUAACAGCAGCAGUAAUAGCAACGGCAACGGCAACGGCAACGGCAACGGCAAUAGCAACAGCAACAACAACAAUCUCAAUCAGCCUGUGAUAAAUGCAACACCCAUCAAGGAGCACAAUGCGCUGCAGCAAUCGCUGAGCAAUACAAGUGCGGACAGCGGCAAAGGUGCAAAGUUUUUACUGCGAAAACGCAAAUCGAAGAAGACACCAGCAGCAGCAGCAGCAGCAGCAACAACAACAACAAAAACAGUUGCUACGAAUGGCGACCAGACAGGCAAGGCGGAUACGCAGCCUUCGAUUAAAUGCGUUCUGGUUGGCGAUGGCGCUGUUGGCAAAACCAAUUUGAUCUUGUCAUAUCUGGAGAAUCGAUUCAAUCCGGAGCAUGUGCCGACGGCAUCAGAUAUUUAUAACGCUGAGGUGAAUGUGAACGAGAGUCCCGUGCAUUUGACACUCUGUGAUACGGCCGGACAGGACACGUUGGAUCCAUUGAGGGAGCUCUCCUAUCCGGACAGCGAUGUGUUUCUCCUGUGCUUCUCGGUGGUCAAACCCGAAACGUUUGGAGCCAUCAAAUCGAAAUGGGCACCCAAAUUUGCCAAAACAAAGGCGGCCCUCAUAUUGGUCGGCACCCAAGCCGAUUUGAGGAGCAAUCUGAAUGUGUUGAACAAAUUACAGACAAAUGGCGAGAAACCAAUUUCAUAUGCCGACGCCUGGGACUUGGCAACAACAAUUGGUGCCAAAUACAUUGAGACUUCGUCAGCCACACAGGAUAAAGUCAAAGAUGUGUUUGAUACCGCCAUCUGGGAGGGAUUAGUGCCCACCACGUUGCCGCCGACACCUUCGUUCUGGAGAAAGCUUUUCUGCUUGGCCUAAACCGGACCCAACUGAAUUCUAAAUAUUCAUUGCAACUCGAAGAAAAACACUCAAACUUAUUAUUAUUAUUAUUUUUUUUUUAUUAUCAUAUUUAUAUAUAUUACGCUAUGCGCAUAUUUAGAUCUACUUAAUUAUAUGCAUUAUAUGAAAAUCUUUUAAAACUUACUCGUAUAUUAUACAUACAAACAUAGAUGUAUUUGUUUAGCAGUGCUUUUGAAAAAUAACUGCACUCGCACUCACUGACUGAUCUAUUCAUAAAGUAUAUAACAAAAAAACUGAGAAAAAAAACAGAGGAGGGAAAAAGAUAAUGUUGCGAAUAUCAUUACAACAUUAUUCUGAUAGCAAAAAAAAUUCUUUUUUUUUAUGAUUAUUAUUAUUAUUAAACAGUUUUGAAUGCAAGCAACUGUUAAUUAUUGUGCUUAAUUUUUAAUGAUGCUAAUUUGUAAUUUUUUAUAUAAAAUUAAGAGCACUGAUUAAAAACAAAAAAGAGUAUGCAAGCGCAUACAUACA